AUUGUUACCUCCUCCACAUUGCCUCCUCAUUCAUUCUUAGUUAACAGUGUACCUGGAACCAAAAGACUGUAAAGAUUAUUUGCUGUGGCUUAGCCUCUAUAAUUAUUUGUCUAUGUGGGUGGUGGGCUGCAGAAAAAAAAAAAGUGAAGUUGUCUGACUUUGGAGUUGCUACAGGAGAAGUAAAAUGAUUGCAGACCCAACCCCUGCCCUCAUCUCUGAAAAUUUCCUGGUUUGGGAUCAUCAAUAAUGAAUGGCUCAUCACUGCAAUACUCAGAGGGAGCUUACAUUGCACAUCUGAGCAGCCGGUUAGUAAUGUACACUGGAUAGAUCUUUUUCAAAUCCCAGGGCAGCAGGCCAUUCAGGGCUAGUAUUGCAUUUUCAAUGAGCUGCUGAGUGAAUGCUUGGCAUGUGUAUUAGUGAACAGGCACACAAUUAGCUUAUUGUUCCUUUCAGCAUUGUGCUGAGAGGAUCUAAGAGAUUGGGGAGGUGCGGGUAAGGGGAGGCAAGCGAGUCAUCGCUGUGAAUAUUGAAGAAAGGAGUUACUCAGCCCGGCUUCACUUGCUUACUCUGGAAUCACAGCUGUUUAUUAAGAAGCUGUCUGUGUGGCUUGGAGAGGGUGCUGUGCCUAAGGAAAGUCAGGAUCCCUGACAUCACUCUAUUUAAGCCCUCCAGAAUUCUUUGCACUUCUGAUCACCCCCAUCGCUGUUAUGGAGCCCAACAGUCCCAAAAAGAUCCAGUUUGCUGUGCCCUUAUUUCAGAGUCAGAUAGCACCUGAAGCAGCUGAGCAGAUCAGGAAAAGAAGGCCCACACCAGCAUCUCUUGUGAUUCUCAAUGAGCACAACUCACCAGAAAUAGACGAGAAGAGGGUCACCAACUCACAAGGAGAAUCACAGAAUGCAUCUCCUAAGCAGAGGAAGCAGAGUGUGUAUACACCUCCCGCUAUGAAAGGUACUGUGCAGGGGUUAAACAUCUGAAAAACCAGAAUGACUCACCAUUCCCAGAGGAAGAAGAAGGAGUAAAUGAAAGAGAAGAUCAGUGGGAACACUAGUCGCAGAAAUGAGGCGAGAAAGGUUCUUGUGAAUAACUGAACUGCUAACCUUUCCAAAUAUCCCCUGAACCUCCACUGCUUGGCUUCUGGAAGCAUUCGCCAUCUUGGCACUCCAUAAUCUCUCAGUAGUGUGCCUUCAGGGAAGCACUCCACUGGAUUCUAGCACCAUGUGCAUCUUCUUCCAUAGCACUUAUCACCCAGGAAUAAACAUUUAUUUUACAGUAAUCUUUCUUUGUAAUGAUUUAGAAAUGCUAUCUGCAAACAUGUUAGCAAUCUAACUUAAAUAUUGCCAGGGCUUAAUUCCCAAUGUCUUUCUGUUAUGAUUUGCAUUAAAGGUCAACUGUAAAUAGUACCCUUCUAAA